CCACAUUGCGCCCUAGCCUGCUGGUAAGCGGGAACUCCAAAUGCGCGCAGCAGCUCGCGGCGCCGCGGCUACUCGCCUGCGGCCUGCGCCCGGCCCUGGCACCCCGGAGCUCGGCGAGGGCGGCAAUGCUGAUGGAGGCACGCCCCCGGAAGUCGGUGCUGCUGAUGAUGAUCACAAGCUAGCGAGUGCAAGCCAGCAGCAGCAGCAGCAGCAGCAGCCCGGCGUGAGCCAGGCGGGCAGUCAGCAGCCGCACAAGCAGCCCGCGAUCGCCCCAAACCCCGCGCCUGGCGUGGCGGCCGUCGCCUUCAAGAAAGCAGCAGCCGCUGCAGCGGCAGCUAGUGCGGCUGCAAGGGCCCCAAUAGCAGUGAGCGCGGGCGGGCUAGACGUGCUCGAUGUGGGACCGGGCUUGGAUCCAGACCAGGACCAGCCACAGCAGCGCGGGUCUGUGCGCCCGCCUGGCGACGCCACCACCCCCCUUCCAGCCUCGGUCAGGCUAGCAGAGGACGCAGACACGCCCCUGCCUGGCGGCCGCGGCGGUGGUGGUGCGGGUGGCAGCGGCGGCGGCGCGGGCGGAGGGCCGCUGGGCCAGGGUCGUGGCAUGCCGGAGAAGUCGCCGCCGCUGGAUGACCUGACCCGCAUCAAGUACCAGCUGUUCACGGCGGCAGGCGAGCCGCUGCCGCCCAGCCGCCGCGCGCACCUUCAGGCGGCGAGUGAGCUGCUCGAGGGCGCCGCCGAGGAGGCCGCCACGCAGCUCAUGAGCAUGUCGCAACAGCAGCAGCAGCAGCAGGUCGGGUUUUUACAACAGGCGCCGCCGCAGGUGCUGCCCUUUCUAGGCAUGUCACAGGGCAGCCAGCAGCAGCUGAGCCAGCCGGGGCCGGCGCAGGGGCCGGCGCAGGGGCCGGCGCAGGGGCUGGGGUGGCUGGGCAGCCAGGGGUUGCCACCUGUGAGUAUGGGCAGUGCCCAACACGAUCCCAUGGAGAUGUCGCAGCAACAGCCGCAGCAGCAGUACCUGAGCAUGAGCUUCUCUCAGUCGCAGCCGCAGUCUCAGGAGGCAAUGGAUAUGUCGCAGCGGCCGCAAACGCUGCAGCAGUCACCGGAGCUCAACAAAUCGCUGACCGCCACGCAUUCUGGUGCCGCCGGGCCCGGGGGCGCUGCCGGCGGCUCCGCCAGCGGCUUGCCGCUGGUGCCCCCACCGUCGCUCAUGUCUCAGCCGUUCUCUUCGCCCCGCAGCGGCCAGGCGCCCAAUGCUGCCGGGUCCGGCGCGGCGUCGCCUUCGGCCGCGGCGGCUUCGCUGCUUCCCGAAUACGCGUCGUGGCCCGUGCUGAGGCUACAGACUGCGGACGGACCCAAGACCGCCUUCGUGGCGCCAUCCAUGGUGUCCAAGGUGGUGCGGGAGCAUGGGCUUGCCACCGCGGCACCCAAGCGCGCGGCAGAGGGUGCGGCGGAGCGUGACGCAGAGGAGGCAUGAGUGGAUGGGAUGAGAUGAGUGGACUGCUGGCAGCGUGGGCCACACGAACCGGAUGUACGGACGGGUGAGGUGAUAGGGCGGAUUACUUUAGUGCGUGGUCGCCAUAUUAGGGUUCAGAUGGAGCAUGACUGCAUGAGUAGCUAGUGAAGAGGGCAUCUGGCAGGUUUGAAUGAUGAAUGCUGGGUGUACAUGCGGGUUCGCUGAUAGACACACCGGUAUAGGCGACGGGACUUGAGGACUUCGACGUGUAUUCAUGACUCUGGGGGAGGGAGCAGUCAACUCUGUAUCAAGCUGGAGGUGCUAGGCUGGCCACAAAUGUACUGUACUGACAUCUCGAAGAGC